CUUUUGCAUAAUUGUGGCGUGCGCUGUGCGCUCGUUUUUCCGGCUGCCAGCGCCAAAGAUGAUGGAGAUGACGUCGCCGUUCUGCCGCCGACCUUAAGGCAUCAGUACCCUCCCACCUUACCCAACCCCAGCCAAUACCCAACCAAUAACCCAACCAACAGGAGGCAGGCAGUGCACCUGUAACACUUUGAUCUGAUUUAGAUCAGCGUCUGGCCAGAAUCAGUCUGCGCAUCCGCCUCCACCUUCACCUACACCUCUGUACCCACCGCCACCUCCACUAGUUCACAUUCCAAUGGCUUGGUUAAUAAAGUGUUUUGCCGAAAAGCCAAACCAACAAUAACCCAUGGAUGGGAUGCUCUGCUCCGCUGCUCCUCUGCCGACGAGGUGUACAACGCUGCGUAUGAGUGACGCUUCCACUAAGCGAAAUUUGUUGUUUAUAAAUAAUGAUCUUGGCCAGGCGAUCGGUUUAGUGCGCGCCCGCAGGCCAACGCAGUUGGAACGCAUUGGAGAUUGGAAUACUCGCUCGCUCGCAAAUUGUCGUUUGGCCAACAGAUACAAAAUGGAGGACGACGAGAAAAUGGACAUCAUGCGCAAGGCAUUCCAAAUGUUCGACACACAAAAGACGGGCUUCAUUGAGACGCUGCGUCUGAAGACGAUCCUCAACAGCAUGGGUCAGAUGUUCGACGAUAGCGAACUGCAGGCUCUGAUCGACGACAACGAUCCGGAGGACACCGGCAAGGUUAACUUCGACGGCUUCUGCAGCAUCGCUGCCCAUUUCCUGGAAGAGGAGGAUGCCGAGGCCAUCCAGAAGGAGCUGAAAGAGGCCUUUCGUCUGUACGAUCGCGAGGGAAAUGGUUACAUCACCACCUCAACGCUGAAGGAAAUUCUCGCCGCCCUCGACGACAAGCUCUCCUCCAGCGAUCUGGACGGCAUCAUCGCUGAGAUUGACACUGAUGGAUCCGGUACCGUGGACUUUGAUGAAUUCAUGGAGAUGAUGGCGGGCGAGUAGAAAAACCACGAACGCUGAUAAAACCAACAGAAAAUCGAGCUUUUGGGUUUAAUUAUAAUUUUUUAUUAUUUUUAAAUAAAUUAACUAACCGCUUUAAU